AUGACCGCGCCAGGAGGGAAGUAUUUCAUUCAUGAUCAGCUAGAUGAGCAGCAUCCCCAUCAUGAGUCGUUCAGCAGCUUAUGGAAGACUCGCUGGGAAUCCUCACAGGCGAAGAACAUGACGUACCCAUUUCUGUUCACAGACGACGUAGAUUUUCAGCCCAUCGUGGCGGAGCUAGCAAGGCUUGACAUGAAAGAACCAUAUGAGUGGCAGUCGUUUGCCUCGUAUUUUGAGCCCCAGGCUUCUAAGCUAUUUGAGACAGCUGUCGCUGCGGAGCAAACGGGGCAGCUGGAAAAGGCAUCGGAAUAUUAUCUCCGCGCUGCCAACGUGUGGUUUAUCUCACGGUAUCCGGCUUUGCUCUGCGAUGCCCAGCGUAAUGCCUGGGAGAGAUCCAAGCAAGCGGCUAUGAAGGGUUUGCAGUUGAGAGGGAUACCUAUUCAGGAACAGUUUGUUCCACACAAGCACGGCCUCGAUGGCGAAGGCGGCAACGUCCCUAUUUGGGUCUCAUUGCCUGAUGGUGCUUCUGAAAAAAACCCAGCUCCCAUCGUUCUAGGCAUGGGGGGCUUAGAUUCUUGGCGGCCAGAGUUGUCCUGCUUCGCCGGACUAUUUCGGCGUUGUGGAAUCGGCAUGGUGAUUGCCGAGAUCCCCGGAACUGGAGACUCCCCGGCCUUUGCAGAUGACCCUCAAAGCCCUGAUCGACAGUGGUCAAGUUUACUGGACUGGAUCGAGGACCAUAAGAGAAUCGAUAGCCGGAGAGUGGUAGGAUGGGGCCUCUCAACGGGAGGAUACUACGCCAUUCGGGCUGCCUACACGCAUCCCAAAAGCUUCUUGGGAAUGGUCGCUCAGGGAGGUGCCGCCCAUCAUUCGUUUGAUCCUGAAUGGCUGGAGAACAUUGAUUUGCGAGAAUUCGCUCACAGGUAA